AUGCGGGCUCUAGAGUACAGCGAAGCUAGAAAAUUCAGCAUUGUUGAAAAAGCUCUUCCAAAACUCCGCGACCAGGACAUCUUGAUAAAAGUAAAAGCCUCUGGGGUGUGCGGGACUGACCUGCACAUCCACGACGGUGAAUUUGGAGCUCGGUUCCCACUCGUCCCCGGUCACGAGACUGUGGGAGUAGUUGCAGCAUUUGGUAAAGACGUCCAGGGCUUCACGAUCGGAGACCGCGUGGUAGCUGAUAACUCCGAGCUAUGUGGACAUUGCCACUAUUGUCGUCGGGGCAAAGAACUGUUCUGCGAUAACUUCAUCGCGCAUGGCGUUAUGGUUGACGGAGGUUUUGCGGAAUAUGCCGCGUAUCCAGCAAACCGCGUAUUCACGUUCAAGAAUCUGGGUGACGUGGAUGCCACACUUUUGGAACCUGCGGCGUGUGCGGCGCAUGGGUUGGACAAGAUUGCCCCUAAGAUGGGAUCCAAGGUGCUUUUAUUUGGUGCCGGUCCAACCGGACUAAUGCUAGCUCAGAUGCUUCGGGAAAAUGGCGGGUGCCACACUGUCAUUGCUGCACCGGGUGGAUUGAAGAUGGAGCUUGCCAAAUCUCUUGGUGCUGCUGAUGAGUACGUUGAGCUCCCGCGCGAGGUAAAUGCCGCGGCGGAUACAAUGAAGAAACUCCAAAUGGAUAACCCAUAUGGAUUCGAUAUUGUUGUGGAGGCUACUGGCAGCGCGAAGAUCUUGGAGGAUGCUAUCCAUUUGGUGACCAAAGGUGGCAAGCUAGUGGUAUACGGUGUUUAUAAGGACGAUGAUCGUGUCUCCCUAUCGCCGAACAUGAUAUUCAAAGAAGAGAUAAAUGUGCUUGGCUCCUUCAGUCAAACCCAUAAAUUCCCUGCUGCUAUUGAUUAUCUUGAUAGGAAGCGCGUUAAAGUUGAUGGCAUUGUUAACAAGACAUUCAAACUGGAGGAGUGGCAGGCAUGCCUUGAUGCAAUGAAGAAUAAGUCAGUAAUUAAGGCUGCCAUAGUAUUUGAUUAG